AAACAACACAAAUCAUUCUUUACCUUCAUAACAAAAGUCACUAUAGAAAUUACCUUUUGAUUCAUUAGCAAGAAACAACAACACAAAUUCAUUCUUAUUUACGUUCGUCAAAACCAUGACGAAAGAAAACCCUUCAACCCUAAAUCUCGGACAACCUAAGGCACAAGAAAAGUAUUCCACAAGUUUAGCCAAGAUCAACCCUAAACCCUCCGGUAGCUCUACCGUUGAAUCGAAGAGCCAAGACAAUAACUCACCUAGUUUAAAACGUUGGAGAUCGUCCUCCGGUAAAUCUACGAGGCUAAAUUGUUUAUGUUCUCCGACGACACACGCCGGUUCUUUCAGGUGCAGGUAUCACCGCGUUGAUUCGUUGACACGUGCCGGGUCUAUUGGGUCGAACCUCGCUGUUUUAUUGUCGUCCAAGUCGAGCCGGUUUAGUGACUCCCUCAAGGCUCAGUAAACCCGGUUACUGGAUUUGUUCGGUAUAAUAACUGUCGGUUUUGUUAUUUGUUUGUUUCUUCUACUUCUUCUUUUGACAUUGUUCAAUAAUUUUUAUCGAAAAAGACAUUGGUCUGUAUUACUAAACCGCUUGAAAUCGGCUUAACCCGAUUCAAGGUAAACUUUUAUCUAAUUUUCACCAAUUUGAUUCAAAUUUAAGCAUUUAUUACAUACACAUUUUAUAUGCUUCAAAAAUACUUGAAAUGAAUUUUU